CAACCCUAGUCGCGCCCGAUCCUUUCAUGCUCCCGCCUCUCCUCUCCCGAGUCUCCUUCGACUCAGCCCGUGCGCCGCUCUCCUCGCUGGAGCAGAGCGAGAACCGCCAGUGUCCUUCGCCGCCGUCCUCCUUCAACCCCUCGUUCUGCGGUUGAGGUCCGAUCAUGGUUCUCUCUCGGUUCUCACAACUUGGGGCCCGGUUCUUGAAAGAGUCUGGAAUAGGUCAGUUUUGGGUAACUAGAAGAGGAUGUGUAAAAUGGCCUUCCAGUCAUUACUUAUACCCCACGAAAAGUCUUUCCUUUUCUACUGCAGUCACUGGUAAAGCUCAAGAGGAAAGCAGUGAACAAAAAGAGAAGAUAACUGUGACGUUUGUUGAUAAAGAUGGUGAGGAAAAGGUCAUCCAGGUUCCUAUGGGAAUGUCAAUGUUAGAAGCUGCCCAUGAAAAUGACAUAGAACUUGAAGGAGCAUGUGAGGGCUCGCUAGCUUGUUCUACCUGCCAUGUGAUUGUGAUGGAUAUGGAAUACUACAACAAAUUAGAAGAUCCAGCAGAUGAAGAAAAUGACAUGUUAGAUCUAGCAUUUGGGCUUACUGAAACGUCUCGCCUUGGUUGCCAAGUGAUUGCAAAGCCUGAGCUAGAUGGAAUGCGGUUAGCACUACCAGCAGCUACUCGAAACUUUGCUGUUGAUGGGUUCGUACCAAAACCACACUGAGUGUGUUUACAUACUUUUCAAGUGUAAAGAUUGCAUCCAAACCACAAUUUUGCAGUUUGUGCUGCUGGACAAUUUUGAUCUUUAACAUCCAAAAUCAUCAAAAUCAGACGUGCCAUUGUUGUACAAUAAUCAUUCAACACUUCAAAUCAUUUAUUGAGCUUUGUGGGCUCCUUUUUUGGAGAUAGGUCUUUCUUUGUAAAUUUUUGUUUCAGAUGAGGUUCUAACUUAAAAUCAUCUCUCUUA